AUGGGCGAGCUGAUAAAAUGCGAUUUCCCCCCCUACACACGCAGCUCGCGGGCGGCUGUCGGGAAGCGCCCGUGCCGCCCGUUUCCUUGGGAAGCGGGAGCUGCCCGGGGCCGCCGCUCACGCCUCUGUCCCCGCGGCAGAUACGCGUUCCACAGCUCCUCGUGGCUCCCCGACGCCGGGGCGGCCCCCGGCAGGUUUCACUACCACCCCGACCCCCCGCGCAAAGGGGCGCAGUGGAUGAAGCAGAUCGUCUCCUUCGAUAAGCUCAAGCUCACCAACAACCUGCUAGACGACAACGGGCACAUCAUUUUGAACUCCAUGCACAGAUACCAGCCGCGUUUUCACGUGGUCUACGUGGACCCCCGGAAAGACAGCGAGAAAUACGCCGAGGAGAACUUUAAAACCUUCGUCUUCGAAGAGACGCGCUUCACGGCCGUGACCGCCUACCAAAACCACCGGAUCACGCAGCUCAAGAUCGCCAGCAACCCUUUUGCCAAGGGAUUCAGAGACUGUGACCCCGAAGACUGGCCCAGGAAUCACAGGCCCGGCGCCCUGCCUCUCAUGAGUGCGUUUGCCAGAUCCCGGAACCCGGUGUCUUCCCCUGCGCACCAGAAUGGGACGGAGAAAGAUGGCGCCGAGGGCCGGCGGGACUACGAGCGGGAGGCGGCGGGCGGGACGCCCCUGCACGGUGACGCCGCGCACCAGCAGCUCAUGUCGCGCGUGCUCAGUGACAGUGCUAAUAGCGACGUUUAUUCAUUUUCUGGCAGCGGGCUUUAA